CCUCAAAUCAUCGUAAAUCUCGAUGUACACGGAGAUGCACGCGGUCGUUACAUUGUAAAGUACGCGGAUUAAAUUUAGCAUUUAUGUGUUCAAUUUUGUGGGACAGCGCAAAGAUUAGGUGAUUCUAUCCUCUGUUCUACGCCGAUCAGCCGGUUACUGAAGGAGAAUAUUAUUAAGAGAGAUUUGCCGAAAGUACAUCAUCAAGAUAAAAAUGUUGAGGAACUUUGGACGGCUGUCGCUCAGAUUUAUUCAUAGUGCAACAUUUUCUGGAGUAGACGGUUUAACGUCAAAAACGAGAUGUACUACGAAUAUAAUGAUGUAUUCUAAAUAUACCAGUCGCAAGCCUAUCGCGAUAACCAAUGAGGACGAGCUUUUUGAUAAUAAUAAUGAUGAUGAUAAACAGACAAAUCUGACUAAAUCACUUAGAAAACGUGGUUCUAAAAUACGCAAGGAGAAAGCAAGGAAAGAGGCGAGAGAAAAGAAAAAGCUAGAAGAAAGAAAGGAGGAAGAGUCUGAUAGUAAAAAACCGCUGUAUAAAGCUCUCAAAGAAAAUGAUAAGCUUAUAAGCUCUUUGAUGUUAAAGAUUAGAACUAGAAAGAAUAGAGAAAAGCAUGGUCAAAUCCUAUUGGAAGGUUUUCGAAUAAUCCAAGAUGCGAUUCAAGGAGGUGCGAUACCGAGAGUGAUAUUCUUCAGUAGAUUAGACGAUGUGCAGCGACUGUCAUUUCCCCAAAAUGUGCAAUUGUACAAAAUCCCAUAUCGAACAAUCCAAUUGUGGUCUACCUUGACAACUUCCCCUGGAAUACUCGGAAUUUUCAACAUCCCAAAUAUGGAGAAUAAGGAGCCCACCGAAGACGCCAUACCGUUGACUAUAAUUUGCGAUAAUAUCAGAGAACCUGGAAAUCUAGGAAGUAUCGUGAGAACUGCCGCGGCGGUUGGUUGCGAGAAAUUAAUCUUAAUGAAAGGAUGUGUAGAUUUAUGGGAGCCAAAGGUUCUACGUGGUGCCACAGGCGCGCAUUUCCGUAUACCGAUACAUACAUCUAUCUCGUGGGAGGACCUUCCCGCGUUGAUAAGCAACGAGUCUACGAUUUACUUAGCGGACAACAAUAUGGAGUACAAGAGAAACGAUUCGGAUGAAGCCGAAAUGAAUUUGACCGAUGUGGAAGAGGAUGAUUCGAAAGAUCAGAGCGAGAGAAAUGACCCGACGAUACCAUCGGAAAUUAAAUCGUACACGUCGACCGCGAAAACUAAAGCACUUGUGAAGAAAAUAGUGUCUCAGUUUCCGAUUGUACCGUAUCAUACAUUGGAUUUUACAAAAACCGAGAUAGUACUUAUCACCGGCGGCGAAACCGAGGGUGUGAGUCUGCAAUCGUGCGAUUUACUUCGCCAGAGGGACUGCACUCGCGUGAAUAUAUCCCUGACCAGUGGCAUUGAAAGUUUAAACAUUGCCUCGGCUCUUAGUAUUAUAGCAUUUGAAAUGAAGAGACAAUUUAUAAUUCGUACGAUCAAUAAUGAAUAAAAUCGUUUCUUUAAUACA